UAAGAACCACUCUCGACUGUACCCAGAUCGGCAUGGUAUCCCCCUCCAGCGUAACGCCCUCGAGGAGGGUGACUCGUAGUCAAUGCGCCAGUGAUAGAGAAGCAAAUCCCAAGAAAAUUCCCCGACUAGGCAAAACUGCGUCUCGUUAUGCAGUAUCUAGCACGGAGUCCGAACUAGAGGAACCUGCAUCCACCGACCAAGAAGAAGCUGCAUCCACUGAACAAGACGAAGCUGCAUCCACCGAGCCGGAAUUUAUUGUCACCACGCCGACUUUCCCGGAAAGACUGUUCGCACGUAAUUGCUAUCCUGGCAAACCUCGACUGAACAUCUAUUCAAAGGCGAGUAUCAUUGGAUCGUUAUGCGUAACAGCUGGCAACACAAACGCUAUCUACUAUGAAGGGCUCUAUGCAGCACUGAUCGUAGGUCCUGAGAAAUGUAUUAGAAUAUUGCAACCAAAUGUCCCAAAUCAUGAUUUAUCAACUUUAGCAGUCGGCAUUUUCAACGUGUGUAUUGGCAAUGACAAGGAAGCCAGUAAACUGUUUCAGCAGUUCGAAGCUAAUCACUAUGACCUUCGCUCGGAUGCGAUAGUUGGACUUGGAGCUGAUCUAGAGUGGCGAUUGAUAUCAUUUGGAGCGCCAUACAUGAACAGAUAUGGUGCAUGUAAGACCCGAUCCCGGCCGACUAGGCCGCGGUCGAUGCCUUACGUCGCUCGGUCUAUACACUGA